AUAUAUAACACUGGCAGGAAAUCAUUUACACAUAAACUGCAAGACCAAAUAAUAUGGUUUGCCAGAUUCACAGUCUGAAUAAUCAUCCUCAACUUAUACAUAAAAGAACAUGUUUUUCAUUCCGACCAAAUCCCGUACUCCUCAGAACAACCCUUUUCUCCGCACGCAACAAUCUUAACAGCGACGAACAAGUUUCAACCGCCACGGUCAAGCAAACACAAAUCCAGAAAUCAGACAUAUACAACGUUAGGUUCAAAACUCUAAGCGCCUGCAAACUCGGUAUUUCGAGGUACCCCGAUUUCGAUUACAAUGCCGAAGGGGGCGUGGGGUCCGCCACAGCAACAAGAAUAUCCAAAACAGAUUCCGACGACGAAUUCUCCGUUGUUUUCGACGUAAAUGAACUGUAUAUUCCGCCACUGUCAAGUGCCACAACUAAGUUCUUAGGGCUACCAUUGCCACCUUUCUUGAAAAUCGACAUUGUCCCAGAAUCCUUCCAAGGCAAAAUCAACCAACAAUCCGGCAAGGUUGAUCUGAAGUUCAGGGCAAGAUUCUGCUUCUCGUUCGGAAGCAUCUACAAAGCUCCGCCGCUACUUGUGGAGACGAUUUUAACAUCGGAAGAAUCAAAAGGAAAAAUUAGAGGAGGAAAAGGAGAGAGAUUGGAUAAAAAUGGAUUAUGCAGACUUGUUGGGGUUGCCACAGUUGAUCCAAUUAAUGAUGUUUUUAUGGACACAUUCCUUAGCCUUCCUACAGAAUGCCUCGCUGUUAUGAGUGCCGUUAUCUCGUUUUCAACCACUGCUUAAAUAGUUGAAUAGACACAUUAGAUAUGUCCGAAUGAAUAAACGAUAUACUGAUCGAUUGAUGUAUUUGAUGUUUCAAGAAUUCGUACAAAA